AUGGGCUCUGGUCGCCGAUGGGCUGUGGAAUUCACCGAUAAUUCCAGUUCCCCUUCUUCCCGCGAUAUCCCGGAUCCACCUGGAUUCACCCGUGGCGCUCAUGACCAGGAUGAUUUAUCGGUUAGUAAACAAAAGAAGGAUGCUGAAGCUAGUUGGAAAGCCCAGAAAGCAUGGGAAGUUGCACAAGCACCUUUUAAGAACUUGUUCAUGAUGGGCUUCAUGAUGUGGAUGUCUGGAAGUACAGUUCAUCUCUUUAGCAUCGGCAUAACUUUUUCAGCUCUUUGGCAGCCGAUAAAUGCUCUUCGAGGGGUUGGGAAAGUUUUCGAGCCUUACAAGGACAAUAAAGUGGAUCUCCUACUGCCAAAAUUAGUCUUUAUCGCUCUUAAUUUGGUUGGUUUAGGAUUGGGGGUCUGGAAGCUUAAUACAUUGGGUCUUCUUCCAACUCAUGUAUCAGACUGGGUCUCAUCCUUGCCUCCUGCUCAGUGUAUCCAUUCUGAAGAAAUCAAGCUUCAAUUUACAAUCAAGUUUAACUACCCAAAGUUUCUUCUUGGGGACUUAUAUACAACUGGAAUGGUGAGGCUGUGCUGUGAUCAUGGUUUUCAAGUAACACUAACAAAUUUGAAGCUUUUGUUGCGUAAUUUAGUGAAAAGUUCCACUGUUUUGAAGAGAAAAUGA